AUUGACUAAAAUCAUAUUUAAACCGAUUGAACUUCCUUUCUUUUUCCUUUACUUCUUCUUCAACCACUACGAAUACUUUUUUUUGUCCCUAUUUCUCUACUGUUUUUCAAUCUUCCUAACCAUGGAUUCUACGUCUACACAUACGCCAAUAUCGACGUCCUUUGUUGUCUUUUCAGGUGGAUCUGCCUGCAAUCAUAUCCUGAACAGUUUCCAUGAAAUCAGUGAUCAUCAUGUCAGUUACAUAUUAGGCAUAUCAGACAAUGGUGGUUCCACUAGUGAAAUUUUGCGUGUCCUUGGUGGUCCCAGCGUGGGUGAUCUACGUUCUAGACUCAUUCGUCUCAUGGAUAUGAUUGAUGAAAAUUCAACUUCAACUGAAAUGAAAGCCAUCAAAGAUUUGUUGAGUUACCGUUUGCCAGUAGAUAAAAAAGAGGAUUAUUCUAGUCGCGCUGAAUGGGCCUCCAUCGUUGAAGGUCGACACAGUCUCUGGCAAAAUAUCUCUGUCGAAAAGAAAGAAGCAAUACGUGGAUUUCUCACUUUAUUCGACUUUGAAAUCUUGAAAAGAGCUCACAAACGAUUUAAUUUUGCCAAUGGAAGUAUAGGCAACUUCUUUUUAACCGGUGCACGACUUUUUACAGGCUCUCUGGAAGCAGCUAUUUUUCUGUUCGCUUCCAUGACCAAUAUCACUUCCUUCAUCCCAGCAACAUCUGUGAUACCUGUCAUUAAUACGAACCAAACAGCGACUAUUGCUGCUGCUUUAACAAAUGGGGACUCCCUCGUGGGUCAAUGCGAAAUAUCUCAUCCCUCCCCUUGUAAUACUGUCGCCACAUCCAUGACCAUUCAACGUCAAUACAUGCAACAUAGAGUCACUUAUUCUUCUAACCUUACUACAAAAAGUAACCAUCGUAUGAUCGAUCCUAUCAUGAUGGAUGCAUUUUUCAACUCAUAUCUUGACGAAUAUCAUUAUCCUCCUCUAUUUCAUAUGACGACCAAGGAAGAAGAGCCAAAAGAGUCUCUAGCAUCAGUAGGCCUAUCUCAUGAAGCCGAUAGCAAACAUCAUCAUCAUCAUCAUCAUCAUCAUCAUCAUCAUCAUCAGCAUCAUCAUCCUACUAUGGCAGCUUCCAAUCUAUUUUUUUCAAAAAAUGUCGACCAACAACAAAAGCUCACUUCUCCUAUCGACCGCAUCUACUAUAUCAAUGAGUAUGGACAGGAAAUCUACCCCCUUCCCAAUACAAAAGUCUUGGACCAACUCUCUACAAAAAAUACCCUUGUGUACAGCAUUGGCUCUUUAUAUACCUCUCUCAUACCCUGUCUGAUGCUUCGUCAAGUCGGCAACGCCAUUGUACACUCCGAGAGCUUAAAACAUAAAAUUAUAUUGCUGAACGGUAGCCAUGAUCGCGAAACCGAUGGUUAUACCGCUCUUGAUUUCAUCCAUGCUAUUGUAUCUGCAUUGAACAAAAGCCAACAUAUCGAUGCAAAAUGGGCAUUUUAUCAAUCUGUUGGCCAUACCCAUCAUCCGCCACUUUGUGAUGGGGACGACGACUACUCUUGUUGCGGAGAAAGCACUUGUACAGGUAUGAUGAGUAGUAGUAGCAACAGUAGCAGUAGCGGCAAUAGUACCAUGCUAAGUACCCCACCCACCAGUCACGUCUGUCUGACACCUUUCAUCACAGUUCCAUCCAACAAUACUAGUCAGCAGCAUUCACACCACCAUCCACAUCACCAUCCAAAUAACAACACUGAUUACCCGGUUUUCCCAGAUAACAGCUUCUAUCCAAGUCCACCCAAUGCUUUCAUUACUCAUCUCAUCUACUUGGAUAACAGUCAAAUUUCCGUAGAUGUAGCAGCUAUUGAAAAACUCGGUAUUCAAUGCAUUUGUAUGAAAGGCGAUCUUUCUCCCACUUCAUCCAAAGAACCUAUCUAUAACGAAGCUCAUUUGACUUCUGUCAUUGAAUCGAUUGUUCAUUUGUACAGCAAUGACCAAACUACCACUAUUUAUCCAUGGAUAAGCAAGCUCUCACAUUUUAUUGGUUUGAUGUUUGACUGUUGCCCUACGUUUAUAAUUGUUGAUGACAAUCUUCCGCGAGAGGGGAUGUUAGGAUCCCAGAACACGACAGAUGACCGCUCAACCCCAACACUAGCGACAGAGGGAUUUACAAAGCCCAGUGAAACUGUCCUAUGGUCUGCCGGUGGCAAUUAAGAACAAGAUCAAUGGUAAUAAAGAACAGAGUUUGUAGUAGAUUGCCGCCCAAAGCCGAGGAGCAAGCGUUACAGAGGAUAUAAGUAAACAAUGGCCGUUAAU